UGUGAGUGACAGUGAUAAAUACGCCGACCUCUUGGUGUUCGGCUAUGCCUGCAAACUGUUCCGAGACGACGAAAGGGCUCUUUACCACGAGCAUGGAAAACAUCUUAUCCCAUGGAUGGGGGACAAGAGCAUCCUGAUUGAUAGGUCGGUUGAACAAACUUAGACCGAAACAUUAUGCUAACCAUCUAUGCUGUCCGUUAGCCUGUUUCAAAAAUGCAAGGGACCACUUGGGAGUUUGUCUUGCAGAAGCUUGGAUAUACCUGCAACUGUCGACGAAUGUUUUAUUUCUUGCCUGCUAACUUGUCUUUGGACGUCCUGAAAUGACAACAAAUAGUAUAUGAAGUUUCUAGAAUAACAUGCGAAGAUGCAAAUCCUAGCCAGCCUUUGCUAACAUUAGCUAUGAUGCUGAUCUAUUAAUAUAAUUCUCAUUUGCCAAUUUAUAUGGCGCAACAGCCUAAAACUAAUGCACUUCAAUACAACAACAUUAAACUUUGUAACCAUUUAGAAACAACUGCAAAGAUUUUUGAGUUUCAUAAUGUUAAGACAGCAUAGGUUAGCUUUGAGGAGGGCUUUGCAUCCUGGCAUGUUGGGAGAAUUUCCUCUGGAAACUUUCACUAUAUGCACACCUUGUAGUUAAAAAAAAUAUGGCACUAAAAUGGAGUAUGACACAGAAGAUGUUUCAUUCUUUCUGUCUUUUUCUCAAAUUUAGUUCUGCCUGAAAUACCAGUGUGUACUCAAAGCAAAAGACUUGGAAUUUUAUCAUGCUGUGCUAAUAUCCACAAGGCCAGAGCAAAUUCUAACCAAGACUAAAGUUACUGCAGUUAAGGUGAUUCAAAAUAUCACAUUGUCCUUGUAAAUUUUUUGACUAACUGGUGUAAUGUUUAAAAGUGAUUUUAGGUUCUUUGGAAAAUAUUGCUGCAGGCGAUGGAGCAAUGUUUUAUUGCAACCUCCAUGCAGAACACUUAAUAAAAUACCCUAACCUCAGAAUUUGGCCAUUUGAAACACCUUGAUCUGCAGUGGCCCAACUUGUGUUUCAUUUGAACAGCUUUUGUAUGUGUGUCUUUAUCACAUAACCCAGUUUUUUCCCCAGCAAGGUAGGUUAAGGGGUCCUGCGAAACCCCGAAUGCCAACCACAGCACCCCAUUUCUUUGCCUUCAUGAAGAAACUGCAACUGAGAAGUGCCGUAGAGGGACGAACCCUGGAAAAUGUCGUCCAUUUGGGUUCUUACGGAUAGGUACGAUGGGCGCGGUCACUUACAUGACCUUUCAGAAUAUGACAGCGGGUCAUGGAAUACAUCCUACCAGCUGUCGGAGGAAGAGGCCAGGAUUGAGGCACUGUGCGAUGAGGAGAGGUACCUGGCUCUGCACACUGACCUGCUGGAAGAAGAGGCUAGACAAGAGGAGGAGUAUAAACGUCUGAGUGAGGCUCUUGCUGAUGAAGGCUCCUAUAAUGCAGUGGCCUUCAAAUACAGUGCCGACUACUAUGACCCCUCUCAGCCCACCGAGGAGGAGGAUGCUAACAAGGAACCUGAAGAGGCAGAGCCUGAGGAGAGUGAGGAACCGUUUGUUGCUCCCCAAGGGCUGGCUAUCCCUCCUGAUGUGGAACUGCCGGCAACCAUCAAGACCCAUAAUAUCAUCGAGAGGACAGCCAACUUUGUGUGUCAGCAGGGGGCUCAGUUUGAGAUAGUACUGAAAGCUAAGCAGGCUGGUAACUCCCAGUUUGACUUUCUUCGUUUUGACCAUUACCUAAACCCUUAUUACAAACACAUCUUGCGAGCCAUGAAGGAAGGUCGAUACAACCUUGUCUCCGCCAAGAAGCAAGAGCAGUCACAGGAGUCCCACUCUGAUGAUUCGGAUGAGGAUGGGGAUGGCAGCUACCUCCAUCCCAGCUUGUUUGCCCCUAAAAAGAGCUCUCGCCUGGAAGAGCUGGUGAAGCCUCUCAAAGUAAUGGACCCAGACCAUCCUUUGGCAGCACUUGUACGAAAAGCCCAACAAGAAAGAAAUGGCACUGCAGCAAUGACAGCCAAACCAGAGGAAGUGACAGAACCAGCUGCAUCCAGCGCACCAGCGCAGUAUAGUGCUGACCCAAUGUACUAUGGGUACUACAUGCUCCCUGAUGGAACGUUCUGCUUGGCCCCGCCGCCCCCAGGGAUAGAUGCAAGCUCCUACUAUAACAAUAUGCCCUCAGCUGUAAUGGCUGCUUCUGCUAAUACUUCUGGGGCUUUGCCUCAUUUGGGGACAACACCCACCCCACCUGAAACUAUUGCCAUGUCACAACCAACUACAGCCCCCUCUCAGGUCACCAGCACUGCUGCUCCAUCAACUGUACCAGAAACCAGCUCGAAAGCCGAAGCUCAAGUUUCCACAACAGCAGCACCAGCCAUCAUUCCCCCACCACCUGACAUCCAGCCAGUCAUAGACAAGCUGGCCGAGUACGUUGCAAGGAAUGGUCUGAAGUUUGAGGCCAGUGUCCGUGCCAAGAAUGAUCCCCGGUUUGACUUUCUGCAGUCUUGGCAUCAGUACAACACAUAUUACGAGUUUAAGAAAAAUUACUUCAUGCAGAAGGAAGGAAAAGGCUUGUCAGAGAGCGAGAUAGAAGAUGAGGAUAAGCUUCAGUCAGACAAGUCACUCAAGGAGUCCAGGCUGACCAAAGCCUCAUUUGCCCCCAUCUGUUUUGCCAUUAAGGCAAAGGAAAAUGACUUGCUACCACUAGAAAAGAAUAGAGUUCGACUGGAUGAUGACUCUGACGAGGACAAGUUGCUGGAGGAGGAGGGGCUGGAAGCUGUGAUGGGUGGAGCUGAGAUGGUUGACAAGGAGCCUCCUCCAGUCAGUGCACCAGAAGAGAAGAGACCCUCCCUCAGUUUGGAGGAGUUGGAGGCAAAACAAGCCAAGCAGAAACUGGAGGAUCGUCUCGCAGCUGCAGCCAGGGAGAAGCUGGCCCAGGCAUCUAAGGAGUCCAAGGAGAAACAGCUACAGGCAGAGAGGAAGAGGAAGGCAGCACUCUUCCUACAGACCCUCCGCAGCCCCUUUGCUGGAGAGCCUGAGGCCAAGAGAGUUGAGCUAGACUCAUCUGCACAGCUUGAGAUGCAAGAAGCCCUUUCUGUUCUGUCUGACCUUGCGCCUACUCAAGUGUCCUCUGCGCCACCUGCGUAUCCUCAGGAUCAAAGGCCCCCUGCGGAGAACCAAGGGGCCUAUCGCAGCAGGGAUGCCCCAUCCUGCUCGUCCUCCUCAUCCUCCCACAUUACCUCCAGAGGAGCAGACAGAGAGAGAGAGAGAGAGAGAGACAGAGACCGCGACCGAGACAGAGAUAGAGAUAGAGAUAGAGAUAGAGACAGAGACAGAGAUAGAGAUAGAGACAGAGAACGAGACAGAGACAGGGAUAGGGAUAGGGAUAGAGAUAGAGAUAGAGACAGAGACAGAGACAGGAACAAAGGGAGGGACAAAGAGAAAAAGAAGAAAAAACACAAGCGGAGGUCAAGGUCAAGGUCCAAGAGCAGACACUCCCUUCCUAGUGCCUACAGGAGAGCCCGCAGGUCCCGAUCCCGCUCACACUCCCCGGGGAGAAGGGACAGGAGGGGCAACUCAUCAGACAGGAGACGUGAAGAGAGAGAGCGGGAGCGCCAUCAUCCCAGCAGCAGCUCCGGCCUGCCCAGGGGGCAUUCACGAUCCAGGUCCCCUCCUGAAAAAAGCAGGAGCUCCUUGUCAUCCUCAGGGCAGAUGCAAACUGUGGGUUUCUCACUCUCUCCAUAUUCCUCACCUGGCAGAGUUUUGUCCCCAUCGGCUAGCCCUGCCUCCAGCCUGGCCCACUCCAGGGGUGGUUCUCAGGAGAAAGACAAGGCAGUGUCCUCAUCUAUAGUAUCCUCUGUUCAGUCCAAAAUAACUCAGGAUCUGAUGGCCAAAGUGCGAGCCAUGCUUGCCACCUCCAAGACCUUCCAACCUCCCAAUUUGUAAAGAGGGCACAGAUUUCCGUUAGCCACGACAACCUCAGCUAACCGGUGGGCGGCAUUCUCCAAUUUCCUGGAGAUUUAUCUGAUCUGGAUCUGUUUCCUGUGUUUUCUUUGAUUUAUUAUUUCAUCAUGAUUUGAGCAUCAACAGAUUCAGUAUGGCUACAGUGUGUCCUCUGUGGCAUUCUCAGAGUGAGGUAAAGGCACUAAUUAAGCUGUAAUAUCUGGUUUUACACCUGACCUGAGAAAACAUUUUAUCAGUGGGGCAAUCAUGCCAACAGUUGACAUAUUUUGUUGCAGGGAGACUGAAAUGUGGAAAUAAUCCAUAUGUUAUUUUGCAUCCUGUUUUAAGACACUCUACUUUUCUCCCGCGUGUUGACAGUCAUUCUUUGCAGCAUUACCUAAAGCUGCUGGAGGUCUGUAUUCUCUCCUUCUAUGAAGGGUAGUGUUGUUUUGAUAUUUUCAUUUCUCUCCACCUUCAUCUGCUAUCUUCCACUGUUGUUUUCCCUCUCAUUCCUCCCCCAGUUGUCUUUUCUCUUCAGCACUUCACAUUUACUUGAGAAGCUGUUUUAAUUUUCUACUCUGUCCCUCAGCUCUAGUGCGUGGCCUUCUAUUUCUGUUCCUGGUUUGUACUGUAAUGAAUUUAAUGCAGAACUACUUUCUAAUCCAAAAAGUCAAUAAAGUUUCAUUUAUGAUUUA